AAUUAUCCUUUCUUUGUAUAUUCGUUCGUCUAUGCCUAAAAAAAAAAAAAAAAUUUGUUGCGGUCUCGAUUUUCGAUAACAAAAUGCCGUGCUUCUAGCCUAAAUAUAUAUCAGAAAAGAUAAACAAAUGCGUGACAGAAAAGAUUUAUGAGUAUUUGUAAACGCGAGUAGGAAAAUUAAACUAUCAAAAUGGCGUUACGCACCUAUGGAGACAAACCCAUAAGUUUCCAAGUAGAAGAAAAUGGAGAAUACUACUGCAUUGGAUCGGAAGUUGGCAAUUACCUGCGUCUUUUUCGCGGGUCUUUGUAUAAACGAUAUCCUGGCAUGUUUAGAAGGUCCAUAACUAAUGACGAACGUAAAAAAUUAGUGGAACUUGGAUUAAGCCAACACGUUCUAGCAUCCAGCGUCUCGCUAUUGAGAGCUAGCGAGGUAGAGGAUAUUAUAGAGGGCAAUGAUGAUAAGUACAAAGCUGUGUCUGUGCAUUCAACUGAGCCACCGGCACCUAGGGAAGGUAAAUCCAAAAAGUCAAUGGCAUGGGUGCCCAGUUUGCCAAACAGUUCACACCUGGAUGCAGUUCCUCAAGCUACGCCAAUAAAUCGUAACAGAGUGCACAAUAAAAAAGUCAGAACGUUUCCAUUAUGUUUCGAUGAUACAGAUCCAUCAGCAAACUUGGAAAAUGCAGCACAACAGGAAAUGCUUGUUCCGAUCCGUUUAGAUAUGGAAAUUGAAGGUCAGAAAUUAAGGGACACUUUCACUUGGAAUAAAAACGAAAGUCUUAUAACACCCGAACAGUUCGCCGAAGUACUAUGCGAUGAUCUAGAUUUAAAUCCAUUAACGUUUGUUCCUGCAAUUGCACAAGCGAUAAGGCAACAAAUAGAAGCAUUCCCACAGGAAACAAUUCUAGAAGAUCAAUGCGAUCAGCGAGUAAUAAUCAAGUUAAACAUACAUGUAGGCAAUACGUCUUUAGUAGAUCAAGUAGAAUGGGAUAUGUCUGAGAAAGAGAACAAUCCGGAGAAAUUUGCGAUGAAGCUUUGCGCGGAACUCGGUCUCGGCGGAGAAUUUGUCACCGCCAUUGCUUACAGUGUACGCGGGCAAUUGUCGUGGCAUCAGAGAACGUACGCAUUUUCCGAAGCGCCGCUCCCAACCGUGGAAGUCCCUUUUAGACCUCCGUCAGAAGCCGAUCAAUGGGCACCAUUCUUGGAAACUUUAACAGAUGCGGAGAUGGAGAAGAAAAUACGUGAUCAGGAUCGAAAUACUCGGCGUAUGCGACGUUUAGCAAACACGACACCUGGCUGGUAGGCUGCAUUUAGAAAAAGAAACCCAAUACAAUCCACAUUUUUUAACGAAUACUAUUUCAAUUUUUGGUAUAUAUCCCUUGAUAUUUAUAGUAUUAGGAUGAGUAACAAUACAAUUUUUAUUUCGACGCCAUCUGCAUAGAAUAUAAAAAAUAUAGAAACAAUUAUUUGAAAAAAUAAUGGUUGCAUCUGAAGAAAUGCAACAGUACUAUAGUCAAUGGUGUUUAUAUAUGUAUGCUGUUCAUGGAAUUCACCCUUCAUUAUAUACAAAAUGUUGUAAAUCUAAUGGGCUAUUCAUAUAAAUUUUUUCAAUUAAUUUGGAGUCUAUUUUUCAUGUAUAUUUAUUUGAUCAAAAAAUCUGAUCUCUUGUUUAUUGAGUGUUAGAUAUAAGUAAUUCUAUCCGACAUAUAUACAUAGUAUAAUUUAUGAUGUUAUUGACAUGUAUUAUAUAACACUUUUUAUAGUAUCAUGGUCUGAUAACUGUAUAUGUACUGAUACACACAACUUUUUAUAGUAAUCAACUUUGAUAGCAAGGAGAGAAUAUAAUGAUUAAAAUUAUUCUCUUUAUAUAAAAAAUUAUAUAAUUGACAUUAGUUUUGAAUGUUGCAUAUCUAAAAUAUUUAUUAUGCUUUAUAUAAGAAAAUUUAUUAUAAUUACGACUAUUAUUUUAUUUUAAUCGGCCAUAAUCGUACGAGAUAACAUCAUGUGAUUUUAUACUCAUUCAUGAUAAACUAUCACUCUGAAGCAUAUUAUGUCAAUGUGGGUGUUAUCUAGGGUUGCCACCUUUUUUUAAAACAAGUAACGUAUGUAACGCCUUUGAGAACGAAAAAAAGUACGUUAAAUAAAAAAAAAGUACA